CUUGCUCCUCCGGUCCCUCCUCGUGCUGUCCUCGCCGUGCACGCGCGUGGUACCCACGGUCGUGAGGAGGAGGAGGAUGUUGCGCGUGAAGGGGAAAUGGCUGCCGAAAACAAGCCGGAAGGACUGAAGAAAGUUCGUAAUCCGGAUCGAAUGUACAGAUCAGCAGUGUGUUAUGCUGGCCAUGGUCCACCUAAGAAUAUCAGUGAUGACACAGAGACGAACAAUGAACAUGGACAUUUGAAAAUAUACCUGCCCAAGAAGCUGCUUGAAUGUCUACCAAAAUGCACGUCGCUGCCAAAGGAGAGACACCGGUGGAACACUAAUGAGAGACAUCCAUGCAGACGCCAUAAUGGUUUCCGUGUUUAAAUUGAACUUGACCUCUGACCCCUGACCUCCUGCAUAAGCUUGGUAAUCAUUUCACUUUUUUUUUGGUGCAUUAUGAUUGAUUUUAACCUUUUGCCAUUAUGUAUCAUGAACAUUGUCAUUAUUUCUCACAGACUUGUUUUGUUCAACUUGCUUCUGUCUACUUGCCUUAUUUUGCUUCCAUCUGGUUAACUGUUAUAAUUGUUUCAAUUUGUAAAAUUAUAACUGUUCCGUUACCCUAAUUUAUUUGUGUCCCAUUUAUUUCACACUUGUCUCUCUCUGUAGUUUGUUAUUUCCACUGUCCUUGAGCCAUUAGUGUGGGACAA